GUCCUCUAACAUCCAGAGAAUGACAUCAUCGACGUUGUGAACGGGCGCGUUGUUAAGUAACGAGAGGGGGAGACAGAUUCGAGUGGAGAACGGCCGCUCGUGCUGUCGGAGCUUCUCAGGGACUGUCAACAGGGAGUGCAACCGACGACAGAGCUAAAAGCUGGGGGUAUGAAAGCCGCCAGAAUCCGCUCCCAUCCUCCUCUGCCCAGGCCCCUGUCCGACUGACAACCAUCGGAUCAGAACCUCUAACUAAGCAGCUCUCGGACGAACCCAAUAUCGGUGACGACUUGCAACCAUGGAGCUGAGAGUGGGGAACAAGUACCGGCUUGGGCGAAAGAUAGGGAGUGGUUCUUUUGGAGACAUUUACCUGGGUGCCAACAUUGCUACUGGUGAGGAGGUAGCCAUCAAGCUUGAAUGUGUGAAGACCAAACACCCACAGUUGCACAUUGAAAGCAAGUUCUACAAGAUGAUGCAAGGAGGAGUGGGUAUUCCAUCGAUAAAGUGGUGUGGUGCAGAGGGAGACUACAAUGUGAUGGUAAUGGAGCUACUCGGUCCAAGUCUGGAAGACCUUUUCAACUUUUGCUCCCGGAAGUUCAGCCUAAAGACUGUCCUGCUUUUGGCAGACCAGAUGAUUAGUCGCAUUGAGUACAUUCACUCCAAAAAUUUCAUCCAUCGGGAUGUGAAGCCUGACAACUUCCUAAUGGGGCUUGGCAAGAAGGGUAAUCUGGUGUACAUCAUUGACUUUGGCCUGGCCAAAAAGUACCGCGAUGCUCGCACACAUCAGCACAUCCCUUACAGGGAGAACAAGAACCUGACUGGCACAGCACGCUACGCCUCCAUCAACACACAUCUUGGAAUUGAGCAGUCCAGACGUGAUGACCUGGAGUCUCUCGGCUAUGUCCUCAUGUACUUCAACCUGGGCUCCCUCCCCUGGCAGGGCCUCAAGGCUGCGACCAAGAGACAGAAGUAUGAACGAAUCAGCGAGAAGAAAAUGUCCACACCCAUUGAGGUUCUUUGCAAAGGAUACCCUUCGGAGUUCUCAACAUACCUGAAUUUUUGCCGUUCACUCCGUUUUGAUGACAAGCCAGACUACUCCUACCUACGACAGCUCUUCAGGAAUCUUUUCCACCGACAGGGCUUCUCCUAUGAUUAUGUCUUUGACUGGAACAUGCUCAAAUUUGGUGCCAGUCGGACAGCCGAGGAUGGGGAUCGGGAGAGGAGGACGGGAGAUGAGAGGGAUGAGCGGAUCGGAGGAGCCCUCCGAGGGUCUGCAUCGCGAGGUCUCCCCCCAGGUCCCAACCCUGGAGCUCCCAACAGAGUCAGGAACGGGCCAGAGCAGGCUAUCUCUAACCCUGCCUCACGGGUCCAACAGUCUGGCAACACAUCACCACGUGCAAUUUCUCGUGCAGAGAGAGAGAGAAAGGUGAGCAUGCGGCUCCACCGCGGGGCUCCUGCCAACGUUUCAUCCUCAGACCUCACAGCCCGUCACGACCAAUCCAGAAUUUCCACAUCACAGGUCAGCGUGCCAUUUGAGCACAUGGGGAAGUAGAAUUCUUUGGCUCUGCAUGCACUUGAAACUGACAGGGUUGCAAGGUAUGUUCAUCGCUCCGGUUUAUUUUCCUUUAUUUUUUACCUUGUCUUAUUACAAGAUGAUUGCCAAGGGACACAUGGAUAUUUGUAAAAGGAAAGUAAAUUUUUAAAGAAUCCAGGGAAGUACAUGACCGCAUCUAACGUGCACUUUUUCAUGUAUCCUCUUUGCUGAACCCUGGACCACCACCACUACAAUACAAAAAGCAAACGAAUGACAAUGCUACACCAUUGUUACUCCAUGGUUGCUCAUACCUGCUCCCUUCUUCCUCAAAGCAUUCCUUCAAUACCCUCUGUUUUAAAAAUGUGAAGGAACUGUUGGUUUAAAGAAGCAAAAAAGGUAUCAGGGACACGCAUGUUUCUUGUCAAAGGUCAACUUUGUGAUUGACAUAGGCUUAGUAAAGAUUUCUUUUUCAGUUUUAACACUGCAAAAACAACUUUUCAGUGAAUGUCGUCUCUUAUCUUUCAUGAGGACAUCAUAAAAUGGAGUUUGUCAUUAGUUUCCUUUCUUUGCAUUUUUGAAAGAAGUAACAGCUAAAAGAUGAAGAGGUAGGGGGGGAGAGAUAGGUGAGAGGAUAGUGGACAAAAUGAAAGGUAAUUUUGAAAAGGAUAAGUAAGUGAUGUUUUAGCUGUUGUAGAGUAAUGUUUCUGGUGAAGUAGCAAUUGGUCCUUGCUUGCCCUUCAUCCAUCCAUGUUGUGAUGAUGUACUGUCCCUCAAAACUCAGCCACCAAAACCUCCACCACCCCAUAUUUUACCUGUUUUUAAAUUGCGUGUUUAUUUUGGUUUUAAUGUGAGUCGGUAAGGUGAAGAAUGACCAUAGAUAUUGCAAAGACACACUCCCAAGUCUUGAGGGAAGCUCCUCAGGAAAUUCUCAGUGUAUUUGACCAGAGACCAUAGCUGCCCAUUUUGGCUAACAAAUAGUGGCUGCAAUUUUUAUGAUAGUUCUUAAUGUUACCUUUUUUAUUCUUUUGUUAUUGGAGGUCAUAGGGGAAUGGGCAGGCUAUGAUAUGGAUUACAGUUUUUUUGGGGGGGGGGGCAUCCAGUGAUAUUUUUUUUUUUUUUUUUUUUUUUUUUUUUACUCCACUGUAAAUAUAUAUAAUAUGUUUUUUUAUUUGGAUGUAAAGCCAAAAUGUGGUUAUUUGUUUUAAGAUGUAAAGUAGAAAAAUGCAUACUAUUGAUAAAAAUAGGGGCUGGGUUCCGAAGUCUAGGUAUUUAAAUACUAAAUUGUGGGGUGGGAUACUGUUGCUUUGCCAGCUGGGUCAUCCAAUAUUUUUUGUGUGUGUGAGUGAGAGAGAGAGAGAGAGAGAGAAGGGGGGGAGUGAUAGAGUGAAUCCCUGCUAAGAUUACAAGAUUCGUUUUGUCUUUGUAUGCAGAUUGUUUUCUUUGUCCUCUCUGCUAUUUAUGUUAAACUAUUUUUUUAUUUGUCAGAAAUAACUUUCUUCUUUAUUCUCUUAUUUGUGUUUUUAUUUCUUCCCCCUGUAACUUAUUAGAAUUGCCUUGUUCAGUUCUUUUUUUUUUUGCCUAUCCCUUUUUACUUCUGUUAUGCCUCGAAGGUUAUCUGUCCACCUCUUGUUAUACAUAGGGCUUUCAGUAUUCCCUCUGCAAAAAUGAUAAUGCUAGUUUGAUGUCACUUUUGAAUUUUAACCUCCAGCAACUUUGAUGAUGUCAUUCAGAAGAAAAUACCUGAUCAAAUUGCAGGGAUGUGUAAAUAGCAGUGAACUGUGUGUAAUUACCUUUUGUACAUGCCACCAUGACCCAGUGGCAUAGUAACUGGUGGGUUGGUGACGGUAUAGAAGAGGCUGAGGCGAUGGGGAUUUCACUUUAUGUAAUGUGUACUGAUAGCUUGUACAGUUCUUUAACACACUCUAUUUACAACAGUAUUUGUGUAUAUUUUAUGAAGUAAUAAAAAUGAAUAACCUUGCUCACAA